CAGAGAGUUUUAUAUAUAAUAUAUAUUAUCUGUAGAGAGAGAUAGAUAAAUAAAUGUAUGAUGUAUUAGAUAUAUACAGAUUAGUAUUUUAGUUGCGUAAGGCAAGCAAAUCUUAUCCUGUCACUAGUUUAUUCGAAGUUAAGCAUGACUUUCUGUAUUGUAUUCUAUAUAUUAUUCACAUCAAAGACCGCAUGAGUACAUCAUUUAUUUGGGUAUCUAAAAUGAAAAGCUGUAUGCUGAGACGCCUCGUAAACAACGUCUACUACCGCCCUCUUGUGGCGAAACGACGCCAUGAUAAGUGGCGUGUGUCUGGUCUAGCUCUAGCCCGUGGCAAGUGUAUUCGACAGAAAGAGCGAAGCGGCGACAGCGAGCACGUCAAAAGCUCUUGAACCCCCCCAAACGCCCCGUGCGUGAGUCAUAGGAUGUAAAUUGUGUACAUAAUUUAUUUGUAUUCUAAUAUGAGUGAACACGUGUACGUUUGAGUCUCCGUACCGACGGACCGGAGGACAAUACCUCAAAGCAAAGGCUGGCAGCAUCUGAACUGGAGCACGUACAUCGACUCGCGCGCACACCAAGGAUCCACUCGAGUGGGGAUUUUCAAAGCGACUGUACCACCAGAAGCCUAUAAAACAGACCAGACCAAACACGGGUUUGCUAUAUAUUUGGUAGCAGUGCAAAAUAGAUAGUGUAAAAAAUAAUUGUGUGUACGGAAGACCGUUUGUACGUUGCGUGGCUAUAACGCUUCAACGGCGCUUAUCUAACGAAAUGAUGUGUAGGUCUUGGUGAGUUAUCCAUCUGGGCUGACCUGCUCGUCUGAUAAAUAACCGACAAGAUGUUACAUUUGGGGUUUACCUGAAGACACUUUUUUACAAGGAAGCCAGGAGCAGGGAGCUGUUCCCUCUCUCUGGCUGGCUGUCUGCUGCGUGUGCACAUGAGAAGUACUGAAUGAGGUCAGGUUUAUUUCAGUUGGUCGUGAGUACACCUGCUGGAGGGCGUAGGUGGGACAUGGAGAGAGGGAAAGUGAGGAUACAACUUCAUCUUUAGUUCACCAUCUCAAACUGAACAACUGAUUUUCAAGGCGCGACUGACAGCGAACGAGGGGAGCCACAGAGGGGGGGGGGGGGAGACUCGGAGGGACCUGAGGCGCCAGAGGAAAUGCCAGGCCCUCUGACAGGGGUCAGAGGGUAACCACGGACACAGAGAGAGACGGGGACUGGCCGAGGAUCCGAGGUUUGGAGGCGGAGACCGAGGACUAAGGGAGGGUAGGCGGGAGCUGGGACCGCCGUUUCCCAUGGCGACCGACCCCGGCGAGCCCACCGGCACAGAGGACUCCUCGGAGAAACCGGAUGGACGGAGGAGGGGCGAGGGGGCGGCGGAGGAGGCGGGGGAGCGGGCGGUGGGGGGCGGCGGCUCCGGACGGGAGAGGACGCGCAGCACCCCCUCCGACUUCCCCACCUACAACACCAAGGAGCGGCGGGACGAGGGCGGAGCGGCGGGCGGCCGCGAGCGCGAGGGGGAGACCCCUGUCCGACCGGCGUCCUACUCCAACCCUUCCUCCCCGGCGCUGGCGGCGGGCGGCGGCAGGCUGAGGCGGGAGAAGCGCUUCUUCAGGAAGAGCGUGGAGAUCUGCGAGGAGGAGGACGAGGUGGACGAGCCCCCGCCUGCUCCUCACAGCGCCCCCCCCCUGGAGCAGCGCUCCUCAGACUCAGUCUUCGCCGGCAGUGGCGGCGGCGGCGGCGGCGUUCAGCAGGGUGAGCCGAGCGCCGUGUCGGCCAGCGCCGUCCUGGGGCAGGAGCCCGGGGCCCCCGUCUCCACGCAGGAGGCCGAGAAGGACUCGCCCGCCUCGGUCGCUCUGCAGAACAGGGAGCGUGCACGGGAGCUGGAGGAGGAGGCGGAGAUGAAGGCCGUGGCCACGUCUCCCGGAGGCCGCUUCCUCAAGUUUGACAUUGAACUGGGCAGAGGAGCCUUUAAAACGGUCUACAAAGGCCUGGACACUGAGACCUGGGUGGAGGUGGCCUGGUGUGAGCUUCAGGACCGUAAGCUAACCAAAGCAGAGCAGCAGCGCUUCAAGGAGGAGGCUGAGAUGCUGAAGGGGCUCCAGCACCCCAACAUCGUGCGCUUCUACGACUCCUGGGAGUCUGCGCUUCGGGGCAAGAAGUGCAUCGUCCUGGUUACCGAGCUCAUGACCUCCGGAACCCUUAAAACUUACCUUAAACGCUUCAAGGUGAUGAAGCCCAAAGUCCUUCGGAGCUGGUGCAGGCAGAUCCUAAAAGGCCUUCACUUCCUCCACACCCGAACCCCUCCUAUCGUCCACCGGGACCUCAAGUGUGAUAACAUCUUCAUCACGGGGCCCACGGGCUCCGUGAAGAUAGGAGACCUGGGACUAGCUACACUAAUGAGAACCUCCUUCGCCAAGAGUGUCAUAGGAACCCCAGAGUUCAUGGCACCGGAGAUGUACGAAGAGCACUACGAUGAGUCGGUGGACGUCUAUGCUUUCGGCAUGUGCAUGCUGGAGAUGGCCACCUCCGAGUACCCGUACUCGGAGUGUCAGAACGCAGCACAGAUCUAUCGCAAAGUCACAAGUGGCAUAAAACCAGCCAGCUUUGAUAAAGUCAACGACCCGGAGAUUAAAGAGAUCAUCGAGUGCUGCAUUCGUCAGAACCAAAGCCAGAGACUGUCCGUCCGCGAUCUCCUGAACCACGCGUUCUUCGGGGAGGACACGGGGGUGCGGGUGGAGCUGGCAGAGGAGGACACGGGCAGCCAGGACUGUCUGGCCCUUCGGAUUUGGGUGGAGGAUCCCAAGAAACUGAAGGGCAAGCAUAAGGAUAACGAGGCCAUCGAGUUCAGCUACGACCUGGAGAACGACAGCGCGGAGGAGGUGGCCAUGGAGAUGGUGAAGUCAGGCUUCUUCCACGAGAGCGAUGCCAAGUUGGUGGGCAAGUCCAUCCGGGACCGGGUCACGCUGAUCAAGAAGUCUCGGGAGCGCCGUGUGCAGCAGCAGCAGUUACUCCAGCAGCAGCAACAGCAGCAGCAGCAGCAGGACCUGGAGGAGCGGAGAGACUCUGGUAUUCAACCUUUCACCUGCUCCCACCCCUCCUGCCCCUCCUCCCUGGGACCCUCAGCAGCCGGCCAGGUGGCCCCUAGAGGUGGCGGAGUAGCAGGGCAGGAGCCGGAGGAAGCAUUAGAGGCGGAGCAGCGCGCCAGGCAGCAGCAUGUUCUAAGUGGGGCCUCGGCUCUCGGCCUGCCAGAAGGUGAAACCAUUGGAUCAGCCAGUUGUGAAUCAUAUGCAAGUGACCAGAGCCAUGUCUACUCCCAUCAAGGAGAGUCCUACGCCCACUCCCACCCUAGCUACGCCUCCACUGCUUCCAGUACUGGGAUGACUUCUCAUCCCGGAAUGCUCCCCAUUGGUCAGAGUGGAGGUGUUCCAAAUGUGCCUAUUGGUCAGAGCGGUGGCAUCUCCGGCCUCUCCAUUGGCCAGAGUGGAGGGGCAUCUCUUGGCCAGACAUUUAUUCAACCUGCAAGCAUGGCAACACAGGUCUUACCCAGUGUAACGCAACAAUACUCUCAGCCAUACAUUUCAGAUGGGUCCCAGAUUGCCAAUUCCAAUGCAUUGGCCCCCUCCCAGUCAUAUAUGCCCCCCAUCUCGCAACAAGCGCCCCUUAAUAUGCUGGCUACCUCCCUCUCGGCUGGUGAUCCUACUGGACUAGCAGGGGGCAUGGUGCCCCUCGCUCAGCAGACCCAGCCCACUGCCACUCCUAUGCAGCCCCCUGACAUCAUCCCUCAGGCAGCACAACAGCAAGCGCAGCCUGUCAUGAUCUCUCAGCCGGCCAUUGUCCAACAACAACAGACAGGGAUGGAGCCACACACCACCAGCGUACAGCAGCAACACCAAAUGGAGGUCCAUGCCGCUCUGCUUCAACAGAAGCAUGCUAGCGCUGCUCAGCAGCCUCAGCUAGCCGCUGAAACGCUGAUGGCUGACCAGCGGCAGCAGAGCCUUUCCACCACGGCCACCCAUCAACAUCCACCUGAGCUUCAGCAGCACAUGUACGUACAGCAAGCCAUACCUCCGCAAACCCCUCAACAGACAGUUUUGGCAACACAGCCAAGCAUGGAACAACAGCGGCAACAGGUGUUGUCAUUUACCCAGCCGGCAGAGCUGCUUCACAUGGAUCAACAUGGACAGACCCUGCUACAACAGCAACAGCAACAACAGCUUCAACAACAGCAACAACAACAACAUCAACAACAGCUUCAACAACAACAGCUUCAACAACAGAAUAAUCAACAACACAUACAGCAUCAACAACAACAACACCCACAACAGUACCAACAACAGCAUCAACUGCAGAACCAACAACAGCAGCAACUACAGCAACAACUACAGCACCAACAGCAGAACCAACAACAACCGCAACUACAGCAACAACCACAGCAUCAACAGCAACAACCACAGCAUCAACAACAGCAACAGCUUCAAUCACAGCAGCAGCAGCAACAACAACAGCAACAACUACAACAGCAGCUUCAACAAAAACAAAAUCAUCAACAACAACUGCUACAACACCUUCAACAACAGCAAACCAUUUCAAUGCAGCAACAGAUACCGCAGCAACAGCAAGUGGAACUUCAACAACAACAGCAACAACAACAGAACCAACACCAAGCUUUACUACUGGAGCAACAUGCAUGCAUCCAACAGCAACAACAAGCCCAACAACAACAAGCCCAACAACAACAGCAACAACAAGCCCAACAACAACAGCAACAACAAGCCCAACAACAACAAGCCCAACAACAACAGCAACAACAAGCCCAACAGCAACCAUCCCAACAACAGCAACAACAAGCCCAACAACAACAACAACAACAAAAGCAACAACAGCAACAACAGCAACAACAACAGUUGGAGCAGCAACAAGUACUUAUUCAAAAACAAUUACUGGAGCAACAGCAGGCCCUUCUGCACCAGCGGCAGCAAGAGCAGCAGCCCAAACAAUCGUUGCUACCGCAACAACAAUCCUUGCUGCAGCAGCAACCACAAGAUCAGCAACAGCAAGCCAUCUUACAACAACAGCUGGAGCAACAUCAACAGCAAGUGAUUUUACAGCAACAACAACUACAUCUUGAGCAGAUGCAGUCAAACCAAUUACAGCCGCAGCUUGACCAAUCCCAUCCGCAUGUUCUAAUGCAAACCCCUCAGCCUCAGUUGCAUCCUCUGAAUGAGCAACAGCAGCAGAGCCAGAUGCAACAGCAAGUGGAACAACAGCAUCAGCAAGCUCUACUGCAGCAACACCUGCAGCAGCAAGUUCUUCUGCAACAACAGCAUGCUCUCCUGCAGCAGCAACGCUUGGAUCAACAACAAGCACAGCUCAAGCAUCAGCUGGAAACACAGCAGCAGCAGGCUUUGUUACAACAGCAGCUAGAGAAACAACACCAACAAGCCCUGUUGAAACAACAGCAACAACAACAACAACAACCACAGCAACCACAAGCAGAGCCACUGCAACGGAAUCAGCAGAAUCAGAUUCAAGAGCAACCUCAGCAACAGACUACCAUUCAACAACUAGAGGCCGUCUCUCUCGAGCAACAGAGGGAGCAGCAGACUUUGAUUCAACAGCCAUUGACCGGCGUCCAGCAGGUGUGCCUCCCUCAGCAGAGUGUCCCUCAGUUCCCAGGGCCGAGCACAGGUCUCACCCAGGUGCAACAGCACGCUGCGCACGUACAGCAGCAGCAGAACGCGUACAUGGCACAGCAGCACGCUAGCUCUGCAGCGGAGCCCAUCGACUCUCAGGCAGCCGUCAUGGAGGGCACCCUGCACCAAACUCAAAUGAUACCGCAGGCCCAUCCGACACCUGUCCAGGCCACGAAACACCCCGCUCAGUCACUCGCUGCUGUGAUGCAAGCUCAAGUCCCGGCCCAGCAGCGACAGAGUGACCUCCUGCCCAAUAGCAUAGCCCAGGUCCCAGUCCAGUUCCAGACCAUGGCCGCCCCCCCGGCACCGCAGCCUCGAUCAAUGAUGGAAGCCCCAGUCCCUCUUCAGGUGGUGACUUCCAUCCAGGGCCAGCCGCCAUCGGCCCAGACUCAGCAACUUCACUUGCAGGCCACACUUCCGAUGGCUGCCACAAUGACGCCGGGCGAGGCGGCGGCUCAGCCUUUAAUCCGCCUACAGCCCCUGCAUCCGGUGAUGCAGAGUCAGCCUCAGCCACCACAAGGCCAAAUACCAACUGACGCAACCAUGAUGGCUCAGCAGAACCAAGCCCCCAUUCAGUCCCCGCCGGCUGUUGCCAUGGCUCCCUGUCAGGUUCAACCUAACAUACCAGCACAACAGACUGGCCAAAUUUCAGGAAUGUUACAGGCCCAGCUGCAGCCAUCUGGCCAGGUGCAGGUUCAGGCUCCCACCGGCAUUUUGGCGCCCCAGUAUAAUCAAGCCCUUCAGGCAGCAAUGCCCUCAAUACACCAGGACAUCGUUCCACAACAGCAGCAGCCCUCUGUACUGCAGCAUCAGCAGAUGAUUCUGUCUCCUGGCGCCAUUGGAAGUGUUGGAGCAGGCGUGGCUGUCAGUUGCUCCAUGGUCGACCCCAUAUCCUUUACAUCUGCUCUUCCUCCUGUACAGCAGACGGGGCAAGCAUACGUUGCUAGUCAAACAAUUCAACAGCCAGCGGUUCAGAGCCAGCAGCAGUUGACGGGAAAUAUAGCCGUGCCUUCCGUCACCCACUCUUUACCCCAGCCGGCAACUAUUCAACCUACUGGGCAGUACCAACAACCACUGCAGACGCUACCACAAAUGCAAAAUCAGCAACAACAAAUGCAGCAACAGCAACAAAUGCAACAGCAACAACAAAUGCAACAACAACAAAUGCAACAGCAACAAAUGCAUCAGCAACAGAUGCAACAGCAACCAAUGCAACAGCAACCAAUGCAACAACAGCAGCAGCCACAACCGCCACUUCCAUUUCACCAGACGCACCAGGCCCUUCCCGGUCCGGCCUCCAUACAGCAACCGCUCCUCCUUCAGCAGCAAGCCCUGGAUCCGAGUCAGCUGCCCCCACAGCCUCACGCGGCUCCCCAGCUGCUAACCCAGUACUCUGCCCAGAUCAUCUCAAAGGGCCCAGCCCAGCCGCAGUCCCCGCCCCAGGCGCUCCCGCUGUACAGUCAGAUCGUCGCAGGGCAACCCCCGUCGUCCGUGCAGAGGACGCUGCCCGCCGACACACAAACCCAGACCGGCAUGCAGGCCCAGGCUCAGACGCACACACAGACGCACGUCCAGACACAGGCCCACCCUCACGCACAGAUCCAACCGGCCAACCCCUCUUUCGUGGCAGAGCAGGCUGCUCUUCCCCAUGCCGCCUUUCCCCUCCAACAGAUGCCCCCCAGUCCCACUCAUACCUCCUACCCGCCAGCAUCGCUAGCCACCCUCUCCCAGCUGCCCUCCCUCCACGCUCUGGCUGGCCAAGUUCCUCCAGAGCUCACCUCGCCCCCACCAGGGGGGCCGAGCACCUUACCCGGAUGGGCUGACGUCCCCACCUCCCCUCCUCCUGUCGCACCUGUCCAGUUGCUUGACUCUAAUGUCCCCUUGCUGUCCCAAACCUCGCUGCAAGACUGUGACCCUCCUCCAUUGCUGGGCAUAGCUCAGGAAAGUCCCCAUCUAUCAGGCACAGAAUACCACUCUUCAACAGGAUCUGCUCCACCGAACGGAGAAGAGAUGCUGCAGCUCCUGGCCAAUGGGAAGCUCGAAAAACUCAAGUCUCAAAGGCGAUCUUCUGGCCAGAAGCCUGAGAAAUGCUCCCUCCAGUUUCAGCUGAGCAUGCUGCAGGUUUCCAGCAGUGGUGACAAUAUGGUUGAAUGCCAGUUGGAGACCCAUAGCAACAAGAUGGUGACAUACAAGUUUGACAUUGAAGGGGAUGCACCCGAGGACAUUGCGGAUUAUAUGGUGGAGGAAGACUUUGUCCUUGAAUCUGAGAAAGAGAAGUUUGUGGAGCAGUUGAGGGCCAUAGUUAAGAAAGCCCAGGAAAUUCUUCAAACAAAGUCACAGACGGGAUCUUUUGAGCAAUCGAGCACUCCCACUGGUUCUGCAGAUUCAGUUCCCCAGUCCUCCCCAGUGGGGCGUUGGCGCUUCUUUAUCAACCAGACCAUUCGCCACAGAGACUCAAACCAGGGAGCCAUCACACCGCCCCCUACUGGAGAGAUACGAUUACCUCAGUCCCCAGAGAAAGAGUUUGAAAGAUCUCAGAGGUCAGAGCCUUCCAUCGCAAUGGCCUCUCCCUCCUCCCCCGCCCAUUACGCUGCUUCCCCCCCCACCUCCGCUGCCUCCGCCCCGGCCUCCAUGUCCGCCCCCCCCACCGCCGCCGCUGUUCACGCUGCCACCACUCCCACCUCGGACAGCAUCUCCGCCCCGGCUUCUACCCUAACCAGCCUGGCCGCAGCGCCUUCGGCCCCUUCUGCACCCCCGACCGGUCUGGAGCUACUGGUCCUCACCUCGGUCGCCGGCCCUUCCUCCUCACCGUUACCGUCUUCCGCGUCCAACCUGAAUGCCGCCGCCGCUGUGCCCGCCUCCUCCGCUGCCCCCGUCCCCGACGUCCUCUCACCUCACGGCUCUAGCGGAAGCUCCGUUCCAGCUGCAAACUACGGGGAGACGGGACUGGCGGCCCCGGGCCAGCACGCGUCCGGAGGGGAUCACUCCACCUCGGUUGACCCUCGUCCUCUUCCCCCUGUUCUCGCCGCCGCUGCGGUCACCUCCCCCCCAGUCAGCCAGGUGAUGCAGGAGCAGCACCAGCAGCAGCAGCAGCAGCAGAUGUUGGCGCAGAUGGCCCAGCCAGCACCGCCCAAAACCCAGCCGCAGCCACCAACGCACCUUGCCCUGCAUCAGGUGCCGCAGCAGAUACUGCAGCAGGUGUCGCCGGCGCCGACGACGCCACAGCUUCAAGGCUUACAACGCCAAGCCCUGCAGCUUCAGCAGCUACCAAUGGUGCCGCAGAUGCAGCAGGUCUUACCGCCACAACCGCAGCCAAUACAACAGCAGAUCUACCAAGAGCAAUUCAAAAUACCACAGGAGCAAAUACUACAGCAGUCUUUCCAGGUGUUACAAUUACAACAACCCCCGUUACAGCAGCAACAUCCCAGCCAGACUGAGCCAGUGGUGCAGCAGCCAGUCAACCCUCAAAUGGCUCAAAUGCCGCCAGCAGAAUUGCACUCGGCGGCGCAGCAUGUGACUGGUCAACAGCAAACUCCACAGUAUAGCACACAGGUGCUACAGCAGCCCGCAGUGCAGCAGCUACCAUCUACCCCAGUGGCAGCAGUGUCUCUGCAGCAGGCCCAGGCCGACCCCCUGCAGCAACACCUAGCGCUGCAGCAGACAAUGCAGCUGCAGCAACAGCAAAGGCUCCAACAACAGCAACAGUUGCUGAUGUACGCUGCCUCAGUGCAGCCCGACCCGGUGCAGACACUUCCCCAGUCGGUCAGUCAGCAGUUUAUCCCGCAGCAGAGGGCGCAGCCUUCCAAUGCCAGCUACGUCCAGCCAAACACGCUUCCACCACCGCCACCAGCGCAGGUCCCCGUGGAGCAGCUGCAGCAGCCCCUGCAGCCACAGCAGCCGGUCCACAUGCAGCAUGAGUCAGUGAAGGCCGGGGACCCGCCCCAGCAGGAGGACCCCCUGCCCAAGCAGCCCUUGUCGCAGCAGUCUGAGUCUGAACUCUCCGUGGGGGAGGCCGGAAUCACGGAGGAACCGGCGGGGAGCCUGGGCCACUUCCAGCCUGCCUCGGACUCCUCUCUGCCUCCUCUGGCUCCUCUGCCUCUGAGCACGACCGAAGCACCGCCCGCCUCCCUCUCCCUCACCCUCACACCCUCGCCCGCCCAGCCCUCCUCCGUGGUCGAGUCCGACAGCGAGGGUCCGCCCAAAAUGGAGUUUGGGGACAACCGCAUCAAGACGCUGGACGAGAAGCUGCGCAACCUGCUGUACCAGGAGCACAGUGGGGCGGCGGCACCGGGGGCAGGGGGCGGGGCUGUGGCCCCCAGCCCACCUCCAGUAUCUCAGACCGCAGCCUCCACCGCGUCCACUGGUGGGGACGAGACUUUGGAGCUCUCCACGUUCCAACCGCUGUCCGGUCACCUGCCAGGCUCCUCCUCAGACACCUCCCCUCAAUCCUCCUCCUCCACCAGCUCCACCUCCUCCUCCUCCUCGUCCACGUCCUCCCGCUCCUCGUCCACCUCCCCAGAGCCCGAGGCGCAGAGGGCAGAGGAGGAGGUGGGUGCGUCGGAGCUGCCGCAGAUAGACCAAGCUCUGCCCUCUGGCUCUGGCUCUGGGUCAGGGUCUGCCGCCCCGCCACCCUCCUCCCUCCUGAUGCCCCAGCAGGAAGACUCUGUCGAGCCCCAGCGCCAACCUGUCCCCGGAGAACCUACUGUACUCGCUGUCUCCCCACACUCAGACACCAGUGCCCACGGAGAGGCGUCCGCGGCCCCAAAACAGCAAGCCAUCCCUCUGCGGCACGGACUGCAGCAGCAGCAGCAAAAUGCAGGAGGUGGAUAUUUUGGCCUAAACCUGACAUGUCCUAGUAUCAGAAAUCCUGUUAGCAAGAAAUCCUGGACUCGCAAAUUCAAAAGCUGGGCAUGCAAACUGCGCCACUCCGCCAGCUUGUUCAAGAAGCCCAGAUUCCAGCAAGGGUUAAAAGACAUAACACAUAAAGGAUUAUCACCGUUGAUGAGACUACAGGUUAUCAACACGGAUGUCUCCUACCUCUGUGGAAACGAUUUGAUUUUUAAUGCUCUACUUCUGUGUCUGUGUGUUAAUGUGUCUCUCUGUCACUGUAUAUCUUCAUGGGUGUAUAUCGUUUGUUUGUACUGUUUGAAUGCCUUGGUCUGUGUCUUCCCUGUCCAUGGCCCAUGUCUUUAUACCUCUGUUUUCUCUGUGGCCGCCCUCCUUGUUUGUCAUAUGCCUCCAUUGUCAGAUGGGAAAGACGCUCAGCCGCUCACAGAGGAAAAGGAAGAUGUGCCACUCAAUCCGACAGUGUCCCGUAAAGGCCGAUUUCAGGUGACUCCAGUGCCUCAGCCUCCCGAACCCUCCCCUCCCAAGGAGCAGGCCCAAAGCCUGAGGAGCAGCCACAGGAAAGUGGGGCGCUUCUCAGUGACCCAGGCUGAGGCCGCCAAGAGAGAGGAGGCGCACACGGACAGCUCCCCCGUCUCCCCCGACCUGGAGCGAGAGAGGAGGAAGGCCAGGGGGAAGGAGGGGGAGGAAGGGAAGAGGACACCUGCGCUGAGCCACCCGCCCCGAGGACACAGCCACGGACACUCCCCCCUGGGCAGCAGCGACGACGAGGAGAGUGAGAUGGAGGAUGAGGAGCUGAGGAAGGAGCUGCACCGGCUCCGAGAGAAGCACAUAAAGGAGGUGGUGUCGCUCCAGGCCCAGCAGAACAGAGAGCUGCAGGGUCUCUACCAGCAGCUGCGCUCCAUCAAAGAUCACAGGCACACCCUGCCUCUCCCGCUGCCGCGAACGCCCCCUCUUCCCAUGACGCCCACAUCCCUGUCCCCCCGCAGGCCCCGGCCAAACAAGGUCAAGCUCCGGCCCCGGCCUCAUUCUCACUUGGACAACAAUGGAGUCGCAUCCCCUGGGGUCCAGCAGUCAAGCAGUUACUCUGGUGGGGAACACAGCCGCUUGCCUCCGUACCGCCACCCUGAAAGCACCACCUCGCUAUCAGCCAAAAGAGAUCACAGCCCCCCUAGGAAGAGCACAUUUACAGACGAGCUGCACAAACUGGUGGACGAUUGGACAAAGGAGGCGGUGGGUCCCGCCCCUCCCAAGCCAUCGCUCAAUCAGAUCAAACAGAUCCAGCAGGGGCAGGAACUCUGGGGCCAACCGGCGGAGGUGGCUCCCCCCUGCUGGUUUCCAGUAGCACCUCUAAACCCCCAGUCAUCCCCAGCCCCGUCGAGCCUGCCCGGGGCUGCCCCGUCACACUACACAGGAGGAGUGCCCCAGCUGCAGCCCAGUGUGCACCUCCACCAGUCGCUCCAGCAGAUGUCCUAUCAGCAGCCCCCGCUCCGCCAGCAGCUCCCCCAGCCUCGGGUCCAGAGUCCCCUGCAGACCCAGUCUCAGCCAAUGCAGAGCCAAGCCCCGGCCAGCGCCACUCACCUGCCACCUCAAACCCAGCCACUGUUGCCUUCCCAGAAGCCCGCCUCGACCGUGCCCCCCUCUGCACCCACAGACAGCAGCACUUGCGUAAGCGUCGUGGGGGAAAUAAGCAGGCAGAUGGGGGUGCUGUGGCAGGGAGAGAUCCUACUCGGCCUGCGAAAACAGGCACCCCACAGUUUUGCGGAUGAGGUUUUGCUGAAGCCCACUGGGGCCCAGCUGACGGUGGAGUUCCUUGAAGAGCGUUCCUUUAGUGUUCCUGUCAUGGUGCUCCGGCGAGAUGGCUUGGGCAUGAACUUGCCGCCAUCCUCCUUCGGCGUCAACGACGUAGAGCACUACAUCGGUCCUGACAAAGAGAUAGAUGUGAUUGACGUGUCUCGCCAGUCUGACAUGAAAAUGCGCUUGGAAGAGUUUGUGGAAUAUUACAACAGCCCCAACCGAGACAGAGUGCUCAAUGUGAUCAGCCUGGAGUUCUCAGAGACCAGGGCAUAUGAGAUAGAAAAGAGGUUGAGCACAGCAGAUCUGUUUAGGUUCCCCAACUUUGAGACCGUGUGCUGGUAUGUUGGCAAGCACCUCCUCGAUACAUUCAGAGGUUUGAGGGAGAACCGCAGGCAUCCUGCCACCUACCUGGUCCACGGAGCAAAGGCACUGAACAAUGCUUUCCGCACCUGGACCCGCAAAGAGGCAAUAGCUGACCACGAAGUGGAAAUUCCAGAGACCAUCAAGACUCAGCAGUUAAUAAAGGACCUAGCUAAAGAGAUCCGCCUUGUCGAGCUGGAGUUGCCAUUAGAGGAGUUUGAAGGGAAGCUUAAUAAGAGCAAGCUGAAACUUGUACUGACCAAUGGCAAAAUUCAAGGCUCCAAGAAGAAGGGCGGCAGUAACGGAGCUGGAGGUGCAGGGAACUUCCAACAUGUGGCCAUGGAGGGAUCCAGCCUCUCUGACCUGGAGACGGAGGACGAGCUGCAGAUCGACGAGACCCCGCCGCCACGCCGCAAGCCCACAGGGCCCAGCAAGAAGAAGAAACUUAGUGGUCUUCCGAGGAAGCUUCCCCGAGCCAAGCCGUGCUCUGACCCCAACAGGAUCAGGGAGCCUGGGGAGGUGGAUUUUGACAUUGAGGAGGACUACACAACAGAUGAGGAAGCAUUGGCUGCCCAUGGAGUGAAGGGUGGAGCCGGAGGUAUUCUGGACUUACUGAAGGCCAGUAAGCAAGUAGCGGGCCUGGACUCUGCACUCAGUGAGGAAGCUCCAGCCUCUCCAAGCACACGGGAAGCCAUCCAAGGCAUGCUCUCCAUGGCCAACCCUCCGUCCUCCUCCUCUUCAUCCUCCUCCUCCUCGUCCUCGCCCAUGUCCAUCUCAGGAGGCCUGACGGAGGGUCUUGCCGUGGUGAAGGAGAAGGGGCGAAGGGCUGUGUGGGUGUCCGGCGGAAACAAAAAGAAUUCAGGUAGUCCCGAGAAGAAACCCGCCAUCCAGCAGCGUCCUGGGAAGCGGGCGAUCAAGCGUCCGGCGCGGCACCUUAGCGACGAGGAAAGUCCGGACGAGCAGGAGACUCUCGGCACAUGCUUUAAGGACUCUGACUACGUUUACCCUUCGCUAGAGUCUGACGAGGAGGAUCAUGCCAACAAGGCCAAGAUGAAACGGAAGAAAAACUGGGACGAUACACCCUGGAGUCCAAAAGCACGGGUGUUGCCCACCCUCCCGAAACAGGAGAGACCGGCCAGGGAGGGUGCGAGAGUAGCAUCGGUGGAAACCGGUCUUGCAGCAGCGGCCGCUAAACUGGCACACCAGGAGCAACAGAAACCCGCAAAGAGAAAGUACACCAAAAAGCAGCGGCCCCCACCUCCGGCACCGGCCCCGCCCCCUGUCCAACCGGAACCAGCCCCGCCCUCCCCGCCACAGGCUUCCUCCUCUGGACCCGAGGUCAGCCCCGACCGGAGGAUGGACUACUACUCUGCCAGCUUGAUGGAUCACGAGUACACGGCAGGGCCCGGACCCUUCGGCCCGGGGGGCCCUCGGGGCACCGGGGCCAUGGCUCCUGGGGUGUUCCUCACCUCCAGGAGGCCUUCGCUCUCCCCGCAGAACAGCAGCACUUACUCGCCCUCUGGCGCGUCCCCGGCAGGGCCGGCCAGUCAAAGCACUGCUGUAGCAGGACAAGGUAAGGGGAGCGCGUGA